AUGGCAUAUAGCUUACGUCGUGCGGCCGAAAAAGUGAAGAUCAUCGCCAAAAUGAAUCGGUGGACGCGGAGCCAGACCAACGGAAAGGGCAGGGAUUCUGCUUCAAGUGGGCGAUGCUUCCUUCUCGAACUUCCAACUGAGCUACUAUUGGCGAUCAUUUCUCAUUUGUCGAUAAUCCCCGAAGCUUGUCUAGCACUGACAUGCAAGCGACUUUACGCGAUAUCCGGCGCGAUUCUGGGAGCCAAGUCUCUUCAUUUCAGUCGCGACUUCGCACCACUUUUUCAUCACUACCGGAAUGGCCACAACUUCGUCACUCCGAGAUGGCAGUUGAUCAACCUCCUAGAAGACGGCCGAUGGCGCGCUUGCUCGAAAUGUCUGAAAUUGCAUCUACGGAGCUCGUUUCCUCCCCGCGAACUAAGACGGAAGUCGGACGAUCGAGCAUGCAACCUGGGCAGUUCUGCGGGAAUAGUAGAUCUAUGUCCAUGCAAAAAGCUCACAUUUCAAGACAAGACGGAUCUCGUACAACUUUUGAAGACCCGCCAGAAAUCCGUCAACGCCCUUGCCCUGCGAUUUGGAAGUGGUGUUCGGCAAGAGCGCUUUUGCUGGCACUCUUGCAGAGAAAACUAUGGGUCAACACAGCUUGAGAUUGCAAUAUACCCGGAGCUGGAUCAAGACGACCUGUUGAGGAUCCAUACGGAGUAUCAUAUGACGACAGGCACAGGCCAGCUCGGAAGAGAAGAGUCCAUCACACCUCGCUUUGGCUGCGCUCACCGAUCAGUCGACCUGUGGUUAUCCAGUGUCUGCCAAACCACUGUCUGCCGUCUUUAUGACAGCCACUGUGCCUCAUGCCAGCGAAUCUCAGUCUGCAACACAUGUAAUUCGUCUUUACGGUGUCCGCGCAAACAACCCUGUCGGGUGGACGAGGUAAUCGAUAAGGCCACCUACCAUUUCUGGACGGAAAGAUGUCUUGGAGGCACAAGUCAGGUACCAGACCAGGCAUGGGCAUCUCAGCGGAUCCAUCCCGCGGAGAAUCUUUUUGAUGCUACUAAUUGCAGCGAGAUGUGCCCUUGGACUAUCCGAGAACAUCCUCCUCUUGAAGAAGCCCCAACCCUGGGGAUGAAUAUACUUGAACCAGCAAUGCAGGACCAAUCGCUCAACCAAGGAUCAGCAGUGCGCAGUGAGAUAAAUGAAAAUCUUCUGCGUUUUGGGGCGAUGAGCUACCCACCACCCCAUAACGGCCAAUAUCCUUCGCAGUACAUGCAACAACCCCCCAAUCUGCCGCACCAUCACCAACAGACCAUCAUUCACCCGCAGCAGCUUCUCUACAAUAACAAUGUCAACACAACUGCUUCGCCAUAUCAAUAUGGCAAACAGAUGGUUUAUCCUCAAGUCAUGAUUCCGACCUAUCCUACCUAUACUCAACCUUACGCUCCGCAGCAGCAACAACAACAACAGCAGCAGCAGCCAUCCCAACAGCAACAGCAACAGCAACCCCAAUAUGUGAAUCCGUCUGAAUUGUUCCAGCCGCCGCCUCUCCCAGCUACCUCACCUCCUCGAUUUCCUCACAGUUCGUCUCAGUACAGCGCGACGCCCGCAAUCACUGCUGCAGGCAGCACGCAUUCCCCUAUUCUUCCUACAUCGACCGCUACUCAGCCAGCGUACUAUGUUGACCCAAGCCCCAAUCAAGGCAACCAGGCCUCCUACAACGACAAUACUCAAGCUACCCCGAACCCGCUGGUCGUAUCAGCACCAUCCGUCUCAGCAUCCUCCGCUCCAGCACCCUCCGUUCCCGCUGCACCCGUUGCUGCUACCCCGGUCCCUGCUAAACGACCCGCCACAAAAUCCGUGUCUGCAACCCCACCGGCUCCGUCCCCGAAACCUGUCCAGGUCCUCAUUCCAGCGCCUUCUCCAGAUGUCCAGCACAAGCUGCAGGGAAAGUCCUCAAAGAAGCAAAUGCCGCGACAGACACCGCAACAGUCGAUGAAAUCGUCUACACAGAAGUCGGCGAGAACUCCGGAUUACCAACUUUUGCUGUUGGCUAUGGCGGAUGAGUAUCUCGACGCAGCGCACAGUCUUGGAACCAUGGUGGCCUUACUGAGACGGGAGGUGGAUAUGGAGGAGUACUAUAAGCUGGUUGCAACGGGGCUCGGCUGCCUGGAGGCGGUAUUGAAGAAUUGGAGACUUCAACCCCGGGUUGAGGCUCUUGUGCGCUUGCGGUAUGCACGGAUAUUGUUCGAGGAAACAGACAAUGAUCUCGAGGCUGAGACUGCUUUAAGCAAAGGCAUUGAUUUGUGUGAGCGGAAUCGCAUGUUGGAUCUUAAGUACAGCAUGCAGCAUCUUUUGGCUCGGAUGUUACACAAAACAAACCCGAAGGCCUCGAUGAAAGCUGUGGACGGAAUGAUACAAGAUGUUGAAGCCUAUCGCCAUUCAGCCUGGGAAUAUGCUUUCCGUUUCCUUCGCGUGUCACUUUCGCUCUCCUCUCACGCCCAUCAGGAUUCAGUCUCAGCAUUGCAACACCUCCACAAAAUAACUAACAUGGCCCACCGCAAUGGCGACAAGGCUGUAUCAGCUAUUUCUGCGAUUAUCGAAGCGCUCGCACAUUUGCAGCAAGGCACCGGGUCCGACGCGAUCGAGCAGGCUCAACGCGCAGUGGCGGCAGCACGAAGCCAUCAACUAAACGAUGAUUUUCGCCACAUCCCGCAGCUGACGACGCUGGUUCAGAUCGUCGAUAUAUGCUGUAGCCUUUUGGACUACGACGUCAAUCAGUCGUCUCAGAAGCUGAAAGUCAUGCAAGACAUGAUGGACGAGCGGUUGAAUGACUCGAACUGGCGUGAUGACGGGUCCUUUUCCAUCCCUUUGAGUGGCAAGUCGGCUGGUCCUUCUUCCAUUGAUACUGGGGACAUCCUCCAGGUUCAGAGCGGCACACUACUGUUGAGCUUCAACUGGUUACCGCAGCACGACCUCUAUGCACUUUGCUACUUUCUCAGUUCCAUCACUCUCAGCUGCAAGAAUUCAUACGACGGACGCAAAGCGGAGAAAUUUCUGCAGGAAGGCAUACGCAUGGUCACGGGGAGUUUCAAAGCGCCGCAAGACAUCACCGAGUCGGUAGUCAACGCCAACAAGCGCGUUCAAUGGCGCCGAACCCUGCAUUGCAGCCUCCUCGUCCAACAAGUCUUCCUCGCCUGCGGACGUACCGACUGGGACCUGGCCACGAAAACAUUACAUGAAUUGCGCCAAGAAGCCAAGGGCCUCGGUGACCAGCUUCAUGACAACAUCAGAUGUAUGAUGGACUACGCGAGCGGCGCUAUCGCGCAAGCGACAGGCGACCUUCCUGCGGCCCUUGAGGCAUUCCAAUCACCAACUCUUUCUCUGCUCUCGUCCUCCAUUACUAGCAAGGCCGCUCGCAACGGCCCCCGCCGGGAUCUCUCGAUUCUGUCCGCGCUAAAUACCGUUCUCAUCAUCAGCGAACCGUCCCAUCCAUCUCAUCACCAAGUCCCCGCCAUCCUAGCCGCCGUGGAACCCUAUUGUACCUCUAGUCCCAGUAAAUACAUCCAAGCCGCCUACUACCUCGUCUGCGCUACCGUGCAGACCGAAUCCACCCUCCAAACAAAACAACACCUCCAACAAGCACUCCAAUCGGCCACCGCCAUCAGCAACAGUCAGAUUACCUGCAUGACCCUCACCUUCAUGAGUUGGAAGUACUUCCGCGGCGUCGUCGGCGAACAAGCCGAAAAGAGCGCCCGGGCUGGCCGCGCCAUGGCCAGAAAGGCCAACGACCGCCUCUGGGUCAGCGUCACCGACGAAAUGCUCGCGGAGACGCUGGAACGGCAAGGCAAGAACGAAGAAGCUAAGGGCGUAAGGGAAGAAGGUCAUCGCGUGAUGAGCGGCUUACCGACGGCCUUGAGGCGGCCGGUAUAG